AUGGCCAACGUCUAUGAUCGACACGACGCUGAUGCGGCAAAUGCCAUUGAAACACUCACCGGCUUCAUCAAUACAAGCACGCUGCUCGACUUGGCGCACCGGUUCUCCGCGACAUAUUCCGACCUGGCCAGGACAUCUACUGAGCAUUUUCUGGUUACGCCUGUUACUGCCUUGCCGACUGGGAAAGAGAAAGGCAAGUUCCUGAGUAUCGAUGUCGGUGGGACGAAUCUAAGAGUUGGAUUUAUCGAAUUGGCUGGGGAGCUAGAAGGGCCUGCCAGUAGCGAUCAUGAGCGGAGUAGUACUGUCGGGGAGAAUGUAUUCGCUCAGAUCAAGAGAAGCCAUGACAGAAAUUGGCCGAUUGAGGAUCACCUGAAGAUGGAUCAGGCUGAAGACCUGUUUUCGUGGAUAGGUGACUGCAUUGCAGAGGUCGUCAGAGAUGCUCUCGAGGAAGAGACGGCGACUGAGCAUGUCGUCUCUCCGCUUGGAGAGGAGAUCUUACUCGGCAUCACAUUCAGCUUCCCUAUGGCACAGACUCGUCUUUCAGAAGCAACUUUACUACCCAUGGGGAAAGGUUUCGCCAUCACUUCUGAUCUCAAUCUGGGGAAAAUGCUGCUUGCUGGAUAUGCACGACAUUGCGAAGUACCAAGGGCUAAUGGUCACUCCACAAGCGAUCCUACCGACAAGAAGAACACAUUGGCAUUGCCCAAAAUACGGGUAGCGGCCAUUACCAACGACACAGUUGCAACAUUUGCUUCAUUAGCAUAUGCAGUCAAAGCUGCACCGAAUAGCAGAGUAGCAAUGGGAUUAAUCGUUGGGACGGGAACGAACGCGACAAUUCCGAUGAAGGUGAACAAGCUACACCCUGCCAAGAGGAGAGGUCUUCCGAAUCCAGAUGCUACCGAAACCGUUGUUAUCAAUACCGAGUGGACGAUUCGCGGCACAGAUAAACCGCUGAUCGACCUGAAUAUCAAGACGCCAUGGGACCUGACACUUGACGCGAAUAGUGACGCCCCAGGUUUCCAACCUUUCGAAUACAUGACCUCUGGGCGUUAUCUCGGUGAGAUUGUACGACUAGUGCUUGUAGACACAUUAUCUCGGGAUCCAGAGGCGGUAAUACCACCGUCUCUGCAGAGCAAAAAUGCUAUACCAACAAGGUUUCUUUCGGAAGUUGUGGCGCGAAAAGGGGGACGUGUCGUACAGGCAGAAUUGGAGAAGACAUAUCCAACGACAGACUCAUCAGACUCGUUCUGGACGGUAGACAGGGUCGAGUUGAUACGCGAUAUCGCGGAGGCAGUCCAGCAGCGAUCCUCAGCACUGAUUGCUGCUGCUUGCGUUGGGCUCCUAGACUGUGUAGGCGAUGUUGAAAUCGAAGACCCCUCAAAGUCGAGAUCGACCAGCAAUGGAACUCGAACAAGCGGCAAGCGAGAUAUUGAAGAGCUGGUCAUUGCAUAUGCCGGAGGCACAAUCUCGCAGUACCCCAAGUGGCUACAAACCUGUCAGAAGUGGAUAGAUGUCCUCGUAGACGAGGGAUCGGCAGCCAAUGCGUCAACAAGAGUCACCCUGAAGGAGGCGCUGGAGGGAGGCCUCGUUGGGGCUGGAGUUCUAGCAGGGAUGACAGAUGACAUGGCAUGA